UUUUGUGUGUGUGCAGAGUUCAGUGUUGUGCGCUUCUCGGUGCGUCACACGCUCCAAACCUCCAGUGGAAGCGCGCGCGCGGCUCCGGAACCUUCAAUACAUGCGGAUGCAGCCGAGACUCUCCAGCUCCUCUCUCUCUCUCUCUGUCCGAAAACACAGCGAGCUGUUCGGUUCAUUCUUGCCCUCCUCAUCCUCUCUGCAGGCUGCAUCUUAAAGGAGUGAAAUGGAUGUCAUCCCCAUGUGCAGCAUCUUCCAGGAGCUCCAGAUUGUGCACGACACCGGAUACUUUUCCGCUUUACCGUCCCUGGAAGAGUACUGGCAGCAGACAUGCCUGGAGCUGGAGCGGUACCUCCAGAGCGAGCCGUAUGCCUCGGCCACCACGGAGAUGGCGUUUGAGAGCCAGGAGGACCUGUGGAGCAAGCUGAUGCUCGCCUGCGGGGACAAGACGAAGGAGGCGGACCCCAAGAUCCCGUCAAGCGUCACGGACGAGGACGACAAUCGGGACGGCCUGCACAUGGACGGCGUCGGCGGCGGCUUCCACUCCGACGCCAGCAGCGAGGCCUCGGACAGCUCCGAGGAGCUCUCCUCGCCGGCGCUGCUCCACUUCCCCGGCGGCUCGUUCGCGGACAUUCUGGGCGGCGGCGUUUGCGGCGGCGGCGAAGAAGAACUGGGCUCGGCCGUCCUCACCAGCACGCCGCCGUCCUCGCCCGAGCUGGGCAAGGAGGGCUCGCCGUGGAGCGGCGGGACGACGACCGCGGCGGCGGCGGCGUCCGGCACCGCCGCCGUCGCCGCCGCGCUGCACUCGCCCGGGAAAAUUAGGACUGGCGGCUCGGAGAGGUCGGGGCUGACCAGCGGGGAGGCGUCGCCCGACGGCAGGAGGCGGGUCCACCGCUGUCAGUUCAACGGCUGCAGGAAGGUGUACACCAAGAGCUCGCACCUCAAAGCUCACCAGCGCACGCACACAGGUGAGAAGCCGUACCGGUGCUCGUGGGAGGGCUGCGUGUGGCGCUUCGCGCGCAGCGACGAGCUCACCAGACACUUCCGGAAGCACACCGGGGCCAAGCCCUUCAAAUGCAGCCACUGCGACAGGUGUUUCUCCCGCUCCGACCACCUGGCGCUGCACAUGAAGAGGCACAUCUAAGAUGGCCUCCACGCGUCUCGAAGAUCUCUUUGAGCGGAUGACUCUCGGUUGAUUUGUCCCGACCCCGUGCCGAGGGGAGGGGAUCGGCGAGGAGGGCCCCGGUGCAUCCUGGGAAGCGUUAACAGGGGGAGGAGGAGGAGGAGGAGGAGGCGGCGCCGCGUUCCGGUCGGCGGACGGAGGGGAAAAAAAGAAAAAAAGAUGAUGCAAAAAAAAAAAAAAAAAAAAACGCAGCAGGCUAUUAUUUGCACCGUACUUAUCGUGCCUCCCGACGCGCCUCGCCGUGGAGACGGCUCUUGAAAGGCUUUUACGGAGGAUGGGGCGAGCGGGGGAGGGAGGUGGUGUAGAAGUUGUGGAGGGUGGAGGGCGGUGUAAUGGGGGGCCGGAGUAGACGGGAAGAGACUCUUCUGUUUGGUGUUCAGCGCUUUCUUUUCUUUUCCUGGAGGAUUAUGGGACUCCCGCCCGGUGUCUGCUGUACGCAUGGGGGGGGGGGGGGGGGGGGGGACUGAGUGCCUGAGACUGUGGGGCCUGGGCCGGCUUUUUACGGAGCGGAUGGAGUGGGGGUGGGGGUGGCGAUCUCGCUGAGAAUGACAAUGCAAACAACAACAACAGACGUUAAAAAAACUAACAUGUUUUCUGUCCACGCCGUUCGGGAGGAGGGGCUUGUUUUUUUAAUUUGUUUGCGGGGAAUUAUUUUUUUCGAGAGAACGUCGCCACCUAUCUGCCCGGAGGUGGAACUGCAGCUCCUGAUUUUUUUCGCGGAUAAACGCGGGAGGUUGUUUUUCCGUUUUAGUGCAGCUAUUAAAUGUGCAAUGUGUUACGUAGCCUGUCCUGAAAGAAAAAAACAUACACGCUAUAAAGCUCAUUUUGUUGUCCAUUGUGUAAGCUCUCUGUAUCUUUAAAAAGACAAAACUACAAACAAAAAAAACUAAAACAAAAAACGCUCAAACACAACAAUAACAAUAGUUGUACUCAAACAGUUAUUGCCAUUAUAACAGACGUUGCAUGGGAUCGGGGGAUGUGUUGCUCACCGGUUUUUGUUAAUGGACGACGCCAUUCCACUAGAGAGCAGCGACCGUUAUCAUACUCAACAUCAUGGUGUAUUUACAAAAAACACAUAAGGCAGUGUCAUUGUUUUAUUUCCAUUGUUUUCUUGAUACGUUGGGGAUACCACUAUUGCUUGGCGACUUUCUUGAUCUUGGGAUUUUUGUUGUUUUCUUUUUUCUUUUCUUCACUUGCUCUUUUGUUCUAUCUGUGAAUGCACUGUUGACCUUACUGAUGCCUUAUGUAAGUGGCCUUGUCCUGUUAGAUAGAUCUCACACACACACACAUCUGGGGGUUGCGAAUUCACUGGUGCGUUAUUGAAUUGCUUUAUAAAGGCUCUACUCUUUGCCCUUUUGUCCGGCUACUGAUUCUUCUCAACUCUUUAACAAUAACACAGAAAGCGACUAAACAUGCUUUCUGACGACUGCCAUUUUUUCGCGCAUUCUUUGGCGAUCAUCUGUAGCGAAACUAACUCAUAUCCCCCCCCUCAGAAAAUGACCACAGAGACAGAGUCUUGGAGCACUUGAAAGAGCAGUUUUGAAAAAUAGUUUACUACUAUGUAGUACACGGUGUCAAAAAGGUACAGAGGCUUGGAGAAUAUGUUCUCAUGAAAAACCCGUCACGCUCAGUCAAUAUUAGGGAUUUCAACCACGGGUUCUUUUUUUUUUUUACGCCCAGGGCCAAUUGAUAUGUCAACAGAGAGAAGCACGGGAUUCCUGAGAAAUAAUGACGACACCCUCGAACCACGAGUCGUGUUUUGAUGUGUUCUUGUGGGGCGAGUCGGCGUGUCCUCGCUCAACCUCCUCGAGUUGAGACGAGCCGCCGUUUGACUCAACGGUACCAAAGAACCGGUCGGCCCGGUUGAGCCGAGGGCUUUUCUGUCUGCGGACGAGACCGCGAGGCCUACGUCACGUGUUUUUGACUUUUUCGGCGCCGCGCACGACUUCGACGCGCUCGGAUUUACUCCCGUCGCCAUUCCCCCCUCGCCAUUUCUAGAAAGACAUUCUUGGAUUUAAGUUUCGUUAAAAGCAAAGCAAGAACUUAUGAUGCGACGGAGGUCUGGGGUGCGGCGGGGCUCAGGUGGUCGUCUCUCACUCGUCCAUCAAAGGAAGUCCAUACACUGAGAAGAUGUAAAAUAAAAAAAGAAUGCAAAGAUAUGUACAUUGUAAACUAAAGAGAAUUUUGUAAGGAAGCUUUUAUUUUGAAAGGGCGCGGGACCAAAAAACAAAGUGCAGUGUGUUGUUUCUGAACAUGACCCAAUUUAGAGAAGAGGCUGAAGAACUAUUGUAAUGUGGACUCACUCCAUUCUCCCUCAAUUGCUUAUGUUACAUCUUUAUUUGGUUUUUAUUGGAGGAAGUUAGAGCAAAUGUACGUUUUUUUAUUGCGUAUACACCUGAGGCCUAAUCAUCUUUCAAGAAAAAAAAAAACUUCAGACAGUGAAUUGUUCUGGACACUUGAAUUGUCAUAUUUUUUGCAUUCUGUUGCUCGCUAAGUAUUAUGUUUUUUUAAUUUUAUUUGCCAUGUGAUUAUUUGUUUUUUUCUUUCAACUUUUCAAAGACCUGCAAAGACUACCCGACCUUUUUAAGAAGCUUAGAGAAUCUCUAUCGGAUGAACGUGGAGAUGAAAAAUACGAGGCUCUAUUUUUGUUUUGUUUUACGGCAUAACAAGAUUUUUUCAUUUGAAAUUGUUUUGUAAAAUAGUUUCUGUAUGAAUGUAUUUUUUAUUGGAAAAAUCGAUAAAAAGAAUUUAUUGGAUCAA